GGUCGACAAGCGAGAAACCAAACGAUGAGAUUUUUCCUAGAAUAGAUCAUAAAAGCCUAAAUUGUUCAAUUUCGCGGUCGAUUAGAUUCCGCCGAUGGCUGUUCCCGGAGAAUCUGAUCACAAACUCUGUGGUUUCCUCUGUGCUGUUCUUUCCGUCGAUUCGCCUGGUGCUCCGCAUGGACUUUCACUGGACUCCUCUUGUUUCGUCUUCAAUGAUGGUUCCUUCACCGGUUUCAAAUCGGAGAACGGCUUGCUCUUAUCCCUCAUCAAUCCUAGCUCUAAUCCCAAAUCCCUAAUUGCGGAAAUCGCCGCCGCCGAAGGAGAUCGGGAUGUUGAGAAUUGCGGAACAAUGGAAGACUGUGGAUUGGAGACUACACCGAAACGCCACAGGUGCGUUGAGAGAGACGGUGCACGAAAAUCUCAGAAAUUGAAGAGACGAGGUUCCUCCGCGAGCAAAAGCUUCCAGCCGGAGAAGAGCAGUGGACGGGGAAGGAAGAGGGUGAGGAGUCUUGGCGUGGUGAAUGGAAGCAUAAGCGUAGUGCAUCAACUUCACGCUUUGGUCACCAAAAAAUGUUUGAAGAUCAUGUGCCGUGUUGUGAAGGCUGAUAAGGGUGAGAAUGGAGAAGAAAGAGCUGUGGUGUUAGUUGAUGUUUUCCUGCCUGUUACAUUGUGGUCGGGGUGGCAAUUUCCUAAAUGUCAGGCUACUGCUGCUGCGUUGUUUAAGCACUUGAGCUGUGACUGGGGACUGAGAAGCUCAAUCCUUAACGGGGAAAGUAUUUGGGAAGAAGCCAAUGGAAGAGUAAAGGCCAUCUGGGAUCUAUCUGACUGCCAUGUGUUUGAUUGCAAAUUACACUGUAGUGCCCCAGAUUCUCCAGAAAGAAGAUUAUUUAAAAUACAUGAAAUCUUUAAGAGCUUGCCCAGUCCAGGAAACAAUGGUGUGUUUGAUUCUUCGAGAGUAUCACCAUCCAUUGACUCUUGUGUAUCUGGCAUUUGGGAUCUCUCAGAUGACGUUUUGAUUAGCAUACUGAUGAAACUUAACCCAAAGGAUCUUGUUAGCAUUGCAGGAGUCUGCCGUCUCUUACGAUCAUUGGCCUUUCUAAUUGUGCCAUGUAUGAAUCUAAAACUCUUUCCUCAUCAGCAGGCCGCUGUUAGUUGGAUGUUGGAGCGUGAGAGGAAACCUGAAGUUUUAUCACAUCCCUUAUACUUGAACUUUGAUACUGAGGAUGGGUUUAGUUUCUGUAUAAAUGUUGUGUCUGGAAAUAUAAUCACUGAGGCAGCUCCUAUGGUUAAGGAUUUCCGUGGGGGAAUGUUUUGCGAUGAACCAGGUCUAGGUAAGACGAUAACAGCAUUGUCCCUUAUUCUAAAGACGCUAGGAACAAUGGCUGAUCCGCCUGAGGGACUUCCUGUCAUUUGGUGUACACAUAAAAAUGACAAAAAAUGCGGUUAUUAUGAAUACACGAGUGACCACUUGACUUCUAACAGCAUGUUUACUGUAAAGAGAUUUCUAAGUCCAAGUAGUCGACGCCAGGUGUCGUGUGAUGCCUUUAGUCCGCUGCUGGAGUCGAAAUCGUUGCCCCUUAAGCAAGCUACGCUGAUGGAUCCAGAUGGUCAAACUUUCGAGUCGAAGAACUCAGACUUUGAAAACGACUUUGAAACUCCCAUCCGUGCUUCCAUGGGUUUAGAAUUAGAUCAACGUAGAAAGAGCUUGAGUAAAGUCAGAAAAAAUCUCUUGGAUGCAUAUGAUGGCGCAUCAGAGAACUCCGAAGUGAUGGAAGUUAAAAGAAUAAGGAAUUGGAAGAAAUGUGGCAUGAUAACCGGUUGUAAGAGAAAGGGUCCUACUGAUUCGGAUGAGGAAAACGAUAUCUGGAUACAGUGUGAUUCUUGCUCAAAGUGGCGGAGAAUAGUAGAUGAAGGUAUAUCUGUUGCUGGUUCUGCAUGGUUUUGUAGCAACAAUGGUGACCCUGCAUAUCAGAGUUGUAAGGAUCCUGAAGAAUUGUGGGAUAGAUCUCAACCAAUAAAUUACUUGCAAGGGUUUUAUACUAAGGGAACUUCUGGUGAACAAAAAGAUAAUAUCUCUUUCUUCACCAGUGUCCUUAGGAAAAACAAGUCUUCAGUGAACAAGACCGUAAAGAAAGCCCUAAUUUGGCUUGCUAAACUCCCUCUUGAGAAGCUCUCACAGAUGGAAACAGCUGGCUUACAAGGUCCACCAUUAGAUGUCCGUGGAUUUCAGAGAAUAUUUCAAGCAUUUGGUCUGACGUGUAGGGUUGAAAAAGGUGUCACUAGAUGGUAUUAUCCAAAGUUUCUUGAGAACUUAGUAUUUGAUUCACCUGCCCUCAAGGUUGCUCUCUGUCGGCCGCUAGAUGCAUUUAGAUUGUAUUUGUCCAAAGCAACUCUAAUUGUCGUGCCAGCGAAUUUAGUUGAUCACUGGAAAACACAAAUCCAAAAACAUGUCAGCCCUGGUCAGCUACGUAUCCUCAUUUGGACUGACCAUAAGAAACUUUCUCCGCACAGCCUGGCUUGGGACUAUGAUGUUGUGAUCACAACUUUUAGUCGCUUAAGUGCAGAAUGGAAUCCUCGGAAGAAAAGCCCAUUGAUCCAAGUGCAUUGGCUGAGGGUCAUGCUAGAUGAAGGACACACUCUUGGUUCUAGUCUCAGUUUGACAAAUAAGUUUCAGAUGGCUGUUUCUCUGACAGCUUGUAGUCGUUGGUUACUGACAGGAACACCAACCCCUAACACGCCAAAUAGUCAGCUUUCCCAUCUCCAAUCUCUUUUAAAGUUUCUUCACGAGGAAGUAUACGGAGAAAAUCUAAAGUUUUGGGAAGCUGGCAUCCUUAGACCAUUUGAAGCAGAAAUGGAGGAGGGUCGUUCACGUUUACUUCAGCUGCUUCAGAGAUGCAUGAUAUGUUCUAGAAAGAAAGAUCUGCGGAUGAUUCCUCCGUGUAUCAAGAAGUUGACCUACCUUAAUUUCGUUACAGGGCAUGCAAGAAGCUACAAUGAACUAGUGGAUACAGUGAGGCGUAAUAUCUUAUUAGCUGACUGGAAUGACCCGUCUCAUGUGGAAAGUCUGCUUAACUCUAAACAGUGGAAAUUUCGAAGCGCUACCAUUAAUAAUGUCAGACUAUCUUGCUGUGUGGCUGGGCAUAUUAAAAUGACUGACGCAGGUCAGGAUAUCAAAGAGACAAUGGGUGCUUUAGUAGAAAGUGGUCUGGACCUUUCGACCGAGGAGUAUUCUUAUAUUCAAGAUAGCCUUAUUAGUGGUUGUAACUGUAAAAGAUGUGGGGAAUGGUGCCGACUUCCUGUAAUAACUCCAUGUAGACACCUACUGUGCCUUGAUUGCGUUGCUCUUGAUAGCGAAAGGUGUACUUUUCCUGGUUGUGGAUACUUAUAUGAGAUGCAGACUCCUGAAAUGUUGGCUCGACCAGAAAAUCCAAACCCAAAAUGGCCUGUGCCAAAGGAUCUUAUUGAGUUACAGCCUUCAUAUAACCAGGAUGACUGGAAUCCUGACUGGCAAUCUACGUCCAGCAGUAAAGUCAGUUAUCUCGUGGACAGGCUGAGGAAAUUACGUGAGGGUAAUAGAAAAAACAUUUUCUCUUCCAACAAGAGUAACUAUGACAACCUGGAAGAAAAUCCCCCUGGUACCUCGAAAGCCUUUUUAGGGAAAGAAUUACAAGAACAGGAUUUUGGAUCUCAGAUGGCACUUGUUGAUAAAGUUUUGAUUUUCUCUCAAUUUCUUGAGCAUAUUCACGUAAUUGAACAACAGUUGACAAUUGCUGGCAUAAAGUUUGCUGGAAUGUACAGUCCAAUGCACUCGGCUAAAAAGAUAAAUUCCCUGGCAAUGUUCCAGGACGAUCCUGAUUGCAUGGCACUUUUGAUGGAUGGAAGUGCUGCGCUAGGUCUUGAUUUGAGUUUUGUAACACAUGUGUUCCUGAUGGAACCAAUCUGGGAUAAAAGCAUGGAAGAGCAAGUUAUCAGUCGUGCUCAUCGGAUGGGCGCAAAGCGCCCUAUUUAUGUAGAAACCUUAACCAUGCGUGGCACUAUUGAAGAGCAAAUGAUGAGAUUCCUAGAGGAUGCUGAAAGGAGUGAUAAAUUAUUGAAUGGAGAUUACAUGAAAGUGGAGCAGGAGACAACACGAAGCCGGCGCACGCUACACGAUUUAGCAGAAAGCAAUUACCUGUCUCAUCUUAGCUUUGUCCGAUCGGAAGGGAACACCUAAAUCUGUAAAUUAUUGUAGCUUCGAAAUGGUAUUAAUUCACAGCUUUGCUGCUUGUAGAUCUUCAAAUAUCUCCACUUUGCAUAUGUAUCAGUAACAAGUAGAUUUGAUACAACACUAAGAGAAGUAAAGUUUUUUUUUUUUUGGUAACCACAG